AAAGGCUGUAGGUGUUUGGAGAGAGGGCGGCACACAUUCGGAAAGGGGCGUGGCCCGUGUUGGCUAUGGGCCCACUUCUGCCUAGCGUGUCAGUGUAGCUAAUAUUGCUGCUGGAGGAAGGAGGGGCAGUAGCUCACUGUUGUCUCAAGAAAAAUAAGGUUCUUCUAAGAGGCUGGAUACUUACCGCGGUCAAACUUUGUAGAACUGGGGAAAGGGACGUUGUGAUGUUUUUCUUUCCAUCCAAAAAGCGCAUGGACUCAGGCGUUUUUUGUGAUCGCCGGAACGUUUGAGUCUCAGAGUUUGUUUCCGGAGAGCAGCGAGUGGUGGUGCUCCUUUUGCAGCGUAUUGGUGGAAGGAAGUGGCGGAGAGGCGGUUGCUUUGUUAUGGCUUCAUUUCGGGUUGCCCGCGGUCUUUGGUGGGCCUGCAGUAGGAGGUUUGUUUCAACAGAUGCAGUUCCUCAGCUAUCAACAGCUGAGAUUGCACAGAUGCGCAACAAACUCUUUGAGGAGGAAAAAGAGAGACAGUUGUCUCUUAAUCCACGAAUUGAGAAGAUUGAAGUAAAAUAUGUUGGCAAAUCUCACCCAGGCACUAUAUUUAUAAUGAACAAAGGACUCUCCACACCAUAUACUUGUGCCAUGCAUUUAAGUGAAUGGCACUGUAAGAAAUCUGUACUCGCCCUUGUAGAUGGAAAACUCUGGGACAUGCACCGGCCUUUCACUCAGUCAUGUGAAAUACAGUUUCUCACUUUCAAAGAUGAAGAUCCGGAGGAAGUGAACAAGGCCUACUGGCGGUCUUGUGCAAUGCUCUUAGGAUGUGUGCUGGAACAGGCCUUCAAAGAUGACUACUUGAUCACUCUUGUUAGAGCACCAGAAGUGCCAGUGGUAUUUGGCGCUUUCUGCUAUGAUGUAAUUUUGGACAAAAGGCUGAAUGAUUGGAAGCCAACAGAGGAAAACCUUCAUUCUUUUACAAAAGAUGUUCACAAAUUAAUUCACAAAGAUCUGCCUUUUGAAAUUCUUGAUGUUGAUGUAAAAGUGGCACUUGAAAUAUUUCAGCAUAACCAGUAUAAACUGGAUGUAGUUAAGCAAAAAGCUUCACAAAAUUCUGAAGGAAUAGUGCAAUUGAAUAGGUUUGGUGACUAUGUAGACAUUAGUGAAGGCCCACAUAUUCCCAGAACAAGUUUUUUUGGCCAGUAUCAGGUAACAGCAGCUCAUAAUCUUGAAAGCAGCCAGUCUGAACUAAUAAGAAGAGUCCAAGGUCUCUCUGUUCCGGUUGAAUUGAAGCUUCAUCAUGUUGUGUGGCACAGGUUGUUGGAAAGAUCUCAGAAAUUAGUCACUGAAAACAGAAAGAAAGAAGUGAAAGAUGAAAAUGAAGAAGCAAAAACUGAAUCAGUUUAAUCUUAAACAUUUUGUAUGGAAAAACAAUCACAAUUAAAUUGACAGUAUUUCAGUUA